CCAAUGUCCACAGAAAAUUCCCGGACGAAGGGGAGUACCUAAUGAAUCUGGUUACCAUAUGCCCUGCUAUUCAGCUUCACUGAAAACCAUCUUCACUAUUGUCUACUCACAUUCUAACUCGUGACAUUCAGCGUUUUCUCUGAAGAACAGAACUUCACCAACUCCAACUAGGCUACGACAGUCAUAUAUUAUAAUUAUCGCUUCCAAUGUCAGAAUCUGCGGUUGGCCCGGAUACCACCAAUUCUGCGGCAACACAGGGACAAGAUGGUGCUCCGCAAGCACAUCAGAACGGUACUCAAUGGAUCUGACAUUCACUAUGCUCUUUUAAUCAAAUGCAUUGAGUUAUCAUCUUUACAACUAUUGUCUACUUACAUUUUAAUUCGUGCUGUUAAAAAUCUUCUCUGAAGGACGAACAAUAAAUUUCUCCAAUGAGUCGAAGCAAUUUCGAAGAUCACGCCAGCACCAAAAAUCUCAAUUUCAGGACGGAAGACGUGCGUAUUGAUGUGAGAAGCAAGACCAUUAUCAGUAUUUGGUGGCGCCACGCUGGGAACCCGGGACCGCGAGAGGGAAAAGUGUGGCGCUGGGAGAGCGCGGCAUGACACUAGAACAUGGGGACACCAAGAACAAUAAGAAAAAUUAAAGGUUGAGUGUCGUGCUCAAGAAUCAAAGAAGGAGAAAACCGCGUUUGAAUGAUUAUAGUUUCCACUUACAACUUACUGCUG